AUGGAAUAGAAAAGAAUCGGAGGAGACGACGCCUGCAUAACGUGGUCAUUUUCCACCCAUACACAACACAACACCCUUUGCAAACAACACAACACUCACCACCGUGAUCCAUAACCAUCUUCACACACAAUCUCAAACCAACAACCCCCUUUUUCUGUACCAACACAAUCCAUCCUUGUACAAUUCUCUGUAUGUCUAUGGGAGGGGGUUUAGUAGGCGGAGUAAUUGUCCCCUCUGUCAAGACCGAGCCGCCCGAACAGUCAACCGAGCGGCUCGGAUCUUCCCCUCCACCACCGCCGGAGCCUCAGCUCCCGGAUUCCGGUACCACGGUGGCGGAGGUGGAGAAAAAAGGGAAUGAAUUGGAUGAUACAGGUGUGGUGUCACUUGAUAAAGAUGUCUUGUGUCCGAUUUGCAUGCAGAUCAUUAAGGAUGCGUUUCUAACAUCCUGUGGUCAUAAUUUUUGUUAUAUGUGCAUUGCUACACAUCUUCAGAAUAAGAAUGAUUGUCCCUGUUGUGCUCAGUAUCUUACUACCAGUCAGAUUUUUCCUAAUUUCUUGCUUAAUAAGAUGUUAAUGAAGGCUUCGGCUUGUCAAAUAGCGAAAGGCGCUUCUCCUGUUGAGCAGGUUCGGCUAGCAUUUCAGCAGGGAUGCGAUGUGUCGGUAAAGGAACUCGAUAGCUUGUUAAAUCUUCUUAAAGACAAGAAAAAAAAGAUGGAGCAAGAAGAAGCCGAGUCGAAUCUUCAGAUCAUGCACGAGUUUUUGCAUUGCUUAAGAAGGCAAAAGCUUGAAGAACUAAAUGAGAUACAAAACGAUCUGCAGUACAUUAAGGAAGAUAUAAACGCAGUAGAACGACACAGAAUAGAAUUGCAUAGAGCUAGGGAAAGAUGUUCCGUAAAACUACGGAUGAUCGGUGAUGAUUAUAAUGUAAAAACAUCAUUAAUGGAUAAACGCGGUAUGCUAAACAUUCCCGAAGUACAUGAAAGAAAAGAUGCAUGCAGCGGGUCUGAUUCGCAAGUAGGGAUCUCUGUAGUGAGAAAAAGGCGGGUCCACUCACAGUUCAACGACUUGCAAGAAUGUUACCUGCAAAAGAGGAGACAUUGGGCAAAACAAGUACAAAAACAGGAAGAAAGAGACGGUAGUGCGCUAAAACGAGAAGGUUAUCAUGCAGGACUAAAGGAUUUUCAGUCUCUACUUUCUUCAUUUACGCGAUACAGUCGAUUGCGAGCAAUUGCUGGACUUAGAAAUGGGGAUAUUUUUCACUCGGCUGAUAUUAUCUCAAGCAUAGAGUUUGAUAGAGAUGAUGAGCUUUUUGCUACUGCUGGAGUUUCGAGGCGCAUUAAAGUUUUUGAAUUUGCCUCUGUGGUGAAUGAACAAGCAGAUGUUCAGUGUCCUGUGGUCGAAAUGUCAACACGGUCAAAACUUAGUUGUUUGAGCUGGAACAAAUACACGAAAAGUCAUAUUGCCAGUAGUGAUUACGAGGGUAUUGUCACUGUUUGGGAUGUAACCACUCGCCAGAGCGUAAUGGAGUAUGAGGAGCACGAGAAACGAGCAUGGAGUCUUGAUUUUUCUCGUACUGAUCCUACAAUGUUGGUUUCUGGAAGUGACGACUGCAAGGUGAAAAUAUGGUGUACAAGACAAGAGGCAAGUGUCCUUAACAUUGACAUGAAAGCAAAUAUUUGCUCAGUGAAAUAUAAUCCCGGAUCUAGCUUUCAUGUGGCGGUCGGUUCUGCAGAUCAUCACAUUCAUUAUUAUGAUUUAAGAAAUAUAAGCCAACCGUUACAUAUUUUCAGUGGGCAUCGAAAAGCUGUUUCCUAUGUAAAAUUCUUGUCCAAUCAUGAGCUUGCUUCUGCAUCUACUGAUAGCACUUUGCGCUUGUGGGAUGUUAAGCAAAAUAUCCCGCUGCGUACUUUUAGAGGACAUGUGAACGAGAAGAACUUCGUGGGUCUAACUGUAAAUAGCGAAUACAUCGCGUGUGGCAGCGAGACUAAUGAAGUCUUCGUGUACCAUAAGGCUAUUUCAAGGCCUGCAGCAUGGCAUGGAUUUAACUCCGAUGCAAAUGAAGGUGAGGAGCCGGGGUCAUAUUUCACGAGCGCUGUUUGUUGGAAAAACGACAGCCCGACAAUGAUAACCGCAAACAGUCGAGGAACAAUUAAAGUUCUGGUUCUUGCGGAGUAGUAAGUGUAUAAUAUAUGUAAACUUUAUGUUGCCAAAGUGGUUCUUUUAAAAAGUGUUCUUAUGAGAUGUUGUCAUUGUUUUGGUUAAGUAAAUUAGAAGCUAUUGUUGAAUUGUAAAGAUAAUUAUGUUUUAGUUGCAUAAAGUAUGUGCAACAGGUAGUUCACAUAAAUCCAAAAUUAGUGACCGGUGAUCUAUGAUCUUUCGGUCACAACUUUAAAGCCCGUAAA